GGCAGAGGUCGUCCGGGUCCGCUCGGUAACCGGUCCCGCGCGCCCGCCGACUCCGGGGAGGAGAGCCCCGAGCGGAGCAGCGCCGGCCUCGUGCCGCCUCCAGAGCGAGCCGCGGACUUGCUCAAUUGCUCCGGCUGGCCUUGAACUUGCUGUCCUCCUGCAUCAGCCUCCCAAGUCACUAGGAUUAUAGCCCCAUGGCUGGAAGUUACGGAGUGAUGGGUGAUGAUGGUUCUAUUGAUUACACUGUUCAUGAAGCCUGGAAUGAAGCCACCAAUGUUUACUUGAUAGUGAUCCUUGUUAGCUUUGGUCUCUUCAUGUAUGCCAAGAGGAAUAAAAGGAAAAUUAUGAGGAUAUUCAGCGUGCCACCUACUGAAGAAACGUCAGAGCCCAACUUUUAUGACACAAUGAGCAAAAUUCGCUUAAGACAACAGCUGGAAAUGUAUUCCAUUUCAAGGAAGUAUGAUCACCAGCAGCCACAAAACCAAACUGACAGUGUGCAGCUCUCAUUGGAAUGAGAUCUCAGAAAACAAGCAACAGAACUAAGUGAUGGGAAUUGCACACACCCCACUGGCAGAAACAACAGCAAGUUGAGCUUUGAAGUUUCUUCCCUGCUUCAACAGCUGGGCUGGGAAAGGGUGGAAGCCCUGCAGCCACACUUCAAAGUAACACCAGCUGAUUGCCCUGCUUCUGCCCUGCAUCUACGGAGGAUCCCAUGGAACUAUUUUUUUUUGGAAGAAAAAUGGGAUGACUAACAAACUAGUAACGAACACUUAUGCUCUCCUUUUUCUUGUUUCUUCUUCUUUUUCUAAUGCAUUGGAUAUUUAGCAGUAAGCAUUGGUCAGCCUCUAUUGGUGCACAGCUUGAGUGUGUUAAAUAACUGGAUGUUUAGUUGAUGCCAGCCAGCUGCACUAAGGGAAGAAAUUAGCUUCCAAAGGGCACAGAUGUUUGCUAUUGGCCUCACACUGUGUUGUUAGGUUGAGUUAUUUAUAUGAUUCACCAGAAAAUCAAACGCAGGAUUUAUGGUAAAAUUGUAAUGUCCAAAAUAUUUUUAAGUAUUCAAUAGAAAUGAGAUAAAGUAGUAGUAAUAAAAAUGAGUUUCAGAUAUUAAGAUGAUAUAAGAAUAAAUUUAACCUGGAAAAUAUAAUUAAGGAGUGGAAGAGACAAAAGAAUAUUGUAUGGAACCAACUAAUUCAUUCAACCAGUGGUUAUAGGGUUUAUAGACAGGGUGUUGGUAAUAUACCAUUCUCUCCUAUUGUAUAUUCUAUUUCAAUAGCAGAAGUAGAAUGCAAAUAUAUGCCAGAAAUCUAUAUGGAAAGAAGGUGGGCAUUUGGCUUACCUCCAACCUAUAUGCAAAAUAGGAUCAUAAAAUAGGGACUUAUGCUUAGUUUACUCCCCAAUAAAGCCAGAGUCAAACUUAGACAAAACUGUAAAGCAGGAAACAUUUCCCAGCCCUUCCCAUUUGUCCCUCUUCAUCCUUGUAUAAACCUAUGUGGGUAAGAUAGAUCUUGUACGAGAAUUUAAGAGUGGUGAAGGAAUUAAGCUGAGAACUAAGAUUGGGUAGAACUCCACAGACUCCUGUAGCAGAUGUGGAAACUUUCCUUGAUUUCCUAACCCCAGUGAAAAGAGUGGUGUUUAGCAUUGGAUUCUGUUAUAACACAUACCCUACAUUUACUUUAAUAAUAGUAAUAGUUUUUGAAAAACUAUGUAUGUAAUGAUGGUGGAAUGUGAUGAUCAUUAUUAUCCAAAGUACAGGUAUGAAAACACGAAUUGGUAUGAAUAUACUAUGUAUGCAACCAGAGAUAGGAAAAAUUGUGCUAUAUAUGUGUAGUAAGAACUGUAAUGCAUUCCUCUGUCAUAUAUAAAUUUAAGAAAAAACUAUGUAGGUUAGAAAUAUUCCACCUUCUAUGCUUCUAUGUAGGAAGAUAAGAGAGGCCACACACUGGCUAGGCUUAUAGGUCCAGCCCCAAUUUUUAUAUUGAAAGAGCACUUUAUUUUUCACCUUUUAGGUUUGAGAUGCAUACGGACAUACAAACAUAUUUACUUAUGUCUUUGCACUGGGGAUUUGGUGCUGGGGAUUGAUUGUUGGGUCUUGUGCAUACUAAGUACGAGCUCUAUCACUGAGCCACAUCCCCAGUCCUAUGGGUCUUGUGCAUACUAAGUAGGAGCUCUAUCACUGAGCCACAUCCCCAGUCCUAUGAAAAUACAUUUUGACAAAUUUCAGACUAGCUGAAGAAAGUUGGGGAUUUUAAACUGCAACUAGUUUGAUGUUGUUAAACUUAACUUUCAGAAUAAGAAAUCUGAAUUUCUUGAAAAAAAUACUCUAUAUAAACGUAUUUAUGAGAGAACAAGUAAGUGGAUGUUUUGUUAUUUUUGUUGUUUUUUGGCUGGGGAGAGGGGUUACAUAUAUCUCUUAGUAACACUUUUAUUUUGAGGUUUAAAAAUCAGGGCUAGGGGUUGCAGCUCAGUGGAAGAGCACUUUCCUGGCAUGCACAAGGCCAUUGUUUCAAUUCCCAAUGCUGCAAAAAUAAAUUAAUUAAAAUUCCCCCCCCCCAAAAAAAUCAGGCCCAUUCAUAGGUGACUACAAUUUAAUAUAAUUCUUAUAUCUGAAAGGAUUUCUACCACCUGAUGUUAACAUGUUAUCUAGCCCAAAAUAAAUGCUUAGUAAAUACUUGUUGAA